AUGAAAGUCGGAUUCAAUGCAUGUAUUCCCGGUCGCCCCGUGAAUUUCCACGCAUUUCUGACCUAAAAUUAAAUAGUUUUCAAAUCUUCUGGGGACAGUCUACUGCCGCGGGAAUCUUGUUUUUACUCCAGAUGGGAAUUCACUAUUAUCGCCGGUAGGAAAUAGGGUCACUUGCUUUGACUUAGUAAAGUGUGAUCCAUAAUUCCAUUUUUUUAUGGAUUGUAGGGGCAGGAGUUGACGCCUGGAUCCUUAGCAAUAAGUCAUUCACUUUCAGCUUCGAGCACCGCAAGAACAUUGCUCGGAUAGCACUCUCCCCCCAGGGAACGCUGCUACUCUCAAUUGACGAAGACGGGCGAACAAUCCUCACAAACUUUUCCCGCCGCACCGUCCUACACCACUUCAACUUCAGGUCGGCCGUUUACGACGUCAAGUUCUCGCCGGACGGAAGUCACUUUGCCGUAGCUGUGGGGCGCAAAAUCGAGGUCUGGCGGACCCCGUCGUACUUGGAGGAGAGGGAGUUCGCGCCGUUUAUUAAGCACAGGGAAUACACGGGGCAUUACGGUUCUAUUAACAACAUCACUUGGUCGGGGGACUCGAGGUUCUUCCUGACGGCUUCGAAGGACUUGACGGCGAAGGUGUAUUCGUUGAACCCGGAGGAGGGGUUUGUCCCGACUAAUUUGACAGGGCAUAGAAACUCGGUCAUUGGGGCUUAUUUUUCGAAGGACCAGGAAUCGGUAUGGCUUCCAUACUGUAAGCACUGUGCCGAGGUGUAUUGGCUAAUGUCUUUGCGGUUAUUGUUGGUUAGAUAUAUACUGUCAGCAAGGAUGGCGCAUUAUUUGAGUGGAAAUGGCGGGCACGCUACUGGCAGGAUGAUGAGGAUGAGGAUGAGGAGGCAAGACCAAAAGACGAGCGAUGGAGAAUAUCUCGGAAACACUACUUUUUACAAAACCAUGCCAAAGUAAAAUGUGCUACGUUCCACCAGAACUCGAAUCUAUUUGUUGUGGGGUUCUCUUCAGGCAUCUUCGGGCUAUUUGAGAUGCCGGAGUUUAAUAUGAUACACACUCUAAGGCUCGUCUCGAACUUGCGACUCAAUCAUGAAUUAUCAAACUAACUCGGAAAACCUCUAGUAUCUCACAGCACGGGAUAGACUUUGUCACAGUCAACAAGACCGGCGAAUGGCUUGCGUUCGGAGCGUCAAAACUGGGCCAACUCCUAGUCUGGGAAUGGCAGUCAGAGUCAUACAUCCUGAAGCAGCAGGGCCACUUUGACUCCAUGAACUCAUUAACAUACUCGCCAGACGGCCAACGCAUCAUCACGACCGCAGAUGAUGGAAAAAUCAAGGUCUGGGAUGCUACAUCAGGCUUCUGUAUAGUAACAUUCACAGAGCACACAUCUGGUGUGACAGCCUGCGAGUUCGCAAAGCGGGGCAACGUCUUGUUCACCGCAUCCCUAGACGGCAGUGUCCGAGCCUGGGACCUGAUCCGAUACCGCAACUUUCGAACCUUCACAGCGACUAGCAGAUUGCAAUUUUCUGCACUUGCGGUCGACCCUAGCGGUGAAAUCGUGUGUGCAGGAAGCCUCGAUAGCUUCGACAUCCACAUCUGGAACGUACAAACUGGACAACUACUUGAGGAACUCUCUGGCCACGAGGGGCCCAUAGCAUCACUCAGCUUCGCUCCCGACGGCCGAUGCCUCGCAUCCGGAAGCUGGGACAACACAGUCCGAAUCUGGAGCCUCUUCACAAGAACCCAGACUAGCGAGCCCCUCCAACUCCAAUCCGAUGUCCUGCGCGUAUCCUUCCGCCCAGACUCCCGACGAGUCGCGGUGAGCACGCUGGACGGCCAGAUCACAUUCUGGGACGUGGAGAACGCUGAGCAAACCAGCGGUAUCGACGGCCGCAAAGACAUCUCCGGUGGGCGCCGAGCGAUAGACCGAACUACCGCUGCGAACGCUGCUGGUAGCAAGCACUUCACCACGAUAGAUUACUCCGCCGACGGAACUUGUAUCCUUGCGGCCGGGAACAGCAAGUACAUCUGCCUCUACGACAUCGCUUCCGGAACACUCGUCCGGAAGUUCACGGUAUCAGUGAACCUCUCUAUCGACGGUACCCAGGAAUAUCUCAAUUCGAAACUGCUCACGGAAGCAGGGCCAAUAGACCUCCUCGACGACGCCGGCGAAGCUUCUGACCUGGAAGACCGCAUCGAUACAUCUCUCCCUGGCGCCUCUCGGGGUGACAUGUCUGUGCGCAAAGCCCGUCCGGAAGUCCGCGUCCCAAGCCUCUCCUUCUCGCCAACCGGCCGCUCUUUCGCCGCGGCCUCUACGGAAGGACUAUUAAUAUACUCUCUCGAUCACAUAGUGAUAUUCGACCCCUUCGAUCUGGACGUUGACGUUACCCCAGCCACCACCCUCUCCACACUCCGCGAUGAGAAGGACUACUUGAAAGCGUUGGUAAUGGCCUUCAGGCUUAAUGAACGGUAUCUCAUCCACCGAGUGUACGAGGCAAUACCGCAACAGGAUAUCAAGCUUGUAGUUAGGGACUUGCCAUUAGUAUAUCUGAGCAAGCUGAUACGCUUCGUGACGGAGAUGUCGGAGGAAGGACCGCACCUGGAGUUUGCCCUGUUGUGGUUGGAAGCGGUGAUUAGUCGGCACGGGAAGUACAUUCGGGAGAAGAGGGGCGAGUUCGAGACGGAGAUGAGGGAGGUUGUGAAAUGUGUCCAGAGGAUCCGGAAUGAGUUGGCGAGAUUGUGAGCGCUCCUUCUCCUUUUCUUCGUGACCGUGGUGUUCUGCAUGGCUGGGCGGAUUGCUAAUUGGGCUGUUUUCCAUUCUUUUUUCACAGGGCGGAUGAGAAUGUUUAUACGCUCGAGUUCUUACUUUCUGCCCCGCUUGUUAAGAGGGAUGCGAAUCAGAAGAUGCUCAUUGAGGGUGGAGAUGCAGGUGGCUCUAGCGAAGAUGUCGAGAUGGAUGAGGAAGGGGAAUGGCAAGGUAUCGGUCAGGAAAGCGAUUAAUAGAUAGAUAGAAUAUUCCUUGACGUAACCAAUCAUUGUGGGGGUAAAUAUAUGUAUAGAAUGAAAACGAGAAAAUUCAUCAAGGUUUCGCUCUUCUCGCCCUUCGUCUCGGUUCUAAGGUAUACUAUAUUACACGAGCAGGAGACGGUUCGUUGACGAGGGGUGCUCUAGCCCCCGUCUCUGCUAAACCUCGUGCUCAUUCCAAUCCCACUCCCAUCACGCUUGAAUAGCCUUCCAAGAUGCCUCUCGAAUAUUCGCUCUCCAGACUCAAUUUGAUUCUGUCCACCAUUGCCCCCAUCGGAGGAUGUGGACACAGGCGUUUGUAGUCUAUCCACCCCAUCUCUAGCGGCAUUCAUGAUUGCGGAUCCCAAACUUGCGGGAUCAAACCUUGCUGGUACUAAUCCAGAAGGCCCAGAGAGUCCACCGACGCCACCAGCCAGCCCACCACCACUACUACUGCCAAUCAUGCCAUUGCCACUCGCACCUCCCAUGCUACUAGCCCCGCCUGGAGCGCCGAUAUUGCCGGUCGGAAUAAGAAGUGCGGAAAUAAACGGAUUUGCCUCUACCAAAUUAUCGUGGGUAACCAUGUGUGCUCGGAACAGCUCGACGAAUGAAGCUUGGUCUUGCCUGCGGAUUCCCUUGAGGUCUAGGAUUUUGCGGAAGUUGGUGUCAGAUUUGUCACAGACGUGGAUUAGGUAUGCUUGUACUAGGCAUUCUGGUGGUGAGGACUGGACUUGGAGAGUUUUUAGGAGGGCGUCUAUCUUUGACAUGGAGCGUUGA